AUGCUGCGCCGCGCAAUCGAUACGGUGGUGAUUGGCGGCGGCCAUGCGGGCGUUGAGGCUGCGGCGGCAUCCGCACGCACGGGAGCAUCGACCGUGCUGCUUACGACGCGAGCCUCGACGAUCGGCGAGCUGAGCUGUAAUCCAAGUAUGGGUGGCAUUGGGAAGGGCACGCUCACGCGCGAAACGGAUGCGCUUGGUGGGCUUGCGGGACGUGCGGCAGACGCCGCAGCGAUCCAAUUCCGCAUGCUAAACCGAUCGAAGGGGCCCGCGGUGCAUGGGCCACGUGCUCAGCUCGAUCGGUACCUGUACAAGACGCACAUCCAGCAAAUGCUUGCCGCAGUGCCAAACCUCGAGAUGUGCGAGGCACAGGUGCAUGGGCUAGACCUGGCAUGGGGGCCACACGCGGACGAUGAAGUGAAAGCGAGCGUGCGCGGCGUGCGACUAACCAACGGCGACACGAUCGCGUGCAAGCAAGUGGUGCUUUGUACCGGUACUUUUCUCGGCGCAUCGAUUCUCUUGGGAAACGAGCGUCGCAGUGCCGGGCGGAUGCUACCGAUGCCAGGGGAGGGUGUGGAGCCGAGUGUAGAAGGGAUGAGUGCAUCGCUGGAGCGCGCAGGUUUUCGACUGGGGCGAUUAAAGACAGGGACGCCGGCGAGAAUCGAUGCUGGCUCUGUCGCGCUGGGACCGCGCUUUGACGGGGAUGUAAAUGGGACACAGUCCGGCGCUUUGGAAGCGAUGCACGGCGAUGCCACCCCUCAUGCAUUCUCUUUUCUCUCGCCGCACGGGCCGCCGUUGGACCCUGCGCGGCAGCUAUACACGUUUGGGACGCACACAACACUUGCGACGCACGCACUUGUAGAAGAAGCCAUUACAGGAGAUGCAUAUACCAUGACCAAGCACGCCGGCCCACGAUACUGCCCCUCGCUCGAAGUGAAAGUGCUGCGCUUUGCACACAAAGCAUCGCACCCUGUGUGGCUCGAGCCCGAGGGUUUUCUCGAUACCCCGCAACGCGACGGACAUGUCCUGUACCCCAAUGGGCUUUCCAACUCACUGCCUUUUGAGAUACAAGCCAAGCUGCUGCGCACGGUGCCAGGGCUCGAGCACGCGCACAUGCUCCGGCCGGGAUACGCCGUAGAGUACGACCAUAUCGAUCCGCGCGAACUUCACGCCACGCUCGAAUCGCGCAGAAUCCAGGGACUGGCCAUGGCUGGGCAGAUCAACGGCACGACUGGGUACGAAGAGGCCGGCGCCCAGGGCGUGCUCGCAGGGUUGAAUGCAGGGCUGCGCGCACAGCAGCGCGCACAGCUCCUUCUUCGGCGCAGCGACGCAUACAUAGGGGUCAUGGUGGAUGAUCUGCGCAUCCAGGGCAUCCAGGAGCCCUACCGCAUGUUUACUUCGCGCGCCGAAUAUCGCAUUUCGCUCCGCGCCGACAAUGCGGAUACGCGGCUCACGACGCUUCUCGACAAGGCGUGCCCCGAAGCAGUCGACCCCACGCGGCGCGCAUGUCUGCAGCGUGUGCAGGCAGAUAUGGAUUACGGAAUGCAUAUUUUGCGCACUACGAAAAUGACAGGCCGCGCAUGGGCGCGCUACGGACUCGCUGCAGAAACGGAUGUGCGCACACAGAGUGCGCUUGACCUGCUGCGCCGGCCCCGCAUGUCGAUAACAAGCUUGCUCGAUGCCGUGCCUGCCUUACGCGACGUGCCUUCUAGCACACUCGAACGCCUCGGCACGGAAGCGGCGUACCUACCGCUGCUCGAUCGCCAGCAAGCUGAGAUUAGCAUGCUCCAAAAAGACGAGUCACUCGCGAUUCCAGACGCGCUCGACUACGCCGCCAUAGAGGGAAUCAGCGCAGAGAUGAAAGAGCGCUUUGCCCAGGUGCGGCCGCGCACGCUUGGCGAGGCGAAGCGCGUCGCCGGCUGUACGCCAGCAUGCUACGCUGUGCUGUGGCGGCACUGUGGGGUAGUUUAG